AUGUUUGACCAGUACGCAAUUAUCAUGCAUGAAAGAUUAGACCUUAUCUAUAUGGUGCUAAAUGAAUGGCCUGCUCGUGCGGAAGUGCUUUUAAUGAAUCUAGUGGAAAAGAUUAUUGAACAGUUUGAAUUUUCAAGUCCUAUUGUGCGGAUUAAUGAUGUUCCUACGCGAUUGAUUCGUUACAGCCCCCCAGGAGGGGUGUAUUAUGUUUUUGAAAGAGUCGCAAAAAAAGAAAUUAUUGGUGCAUAUGCUUACGACAUUGUAGUACCAGAAGAUGGCGGAGCUAUUAGACUUGAAAUUACCAGCGGAAGUACUUUGAGUCCUGCUAUAUGGUCUCCUCCUCCUCUUCAACGCACUGUAGGACAUGUCGAUCAAAUAUAUCGUUAUUUCUGUUCCCUAAAGUUGCGGUGA